AUGCUGCUUCCCUCGCCUAUUCGAUCAGGCCCAAACAGGUUUGAUCCUCUUCUCUUGAUUUUUCGUUUUCUUUCCUCACGAUGGUUUCAUCCCACCCGUAUCCUGUGGCUCGAAGUCCCUUUUGUCAUGUUUAUUAUUUCCAAAGUCCCCUACACAGAAAUCGACUGGAUUGCUUACAUGGAACAGAUUGAUAGCUUUCUUUCAGGCGAGAGAGAUUAUCGGUCCUUAGUCGGUUCUACCGGUCCUCUCGUUUAUCCAGGCGGUCAUGUAUUGCUGUACACACUGCUAUACUUUCUGACAAAUCACGGUUCGAAUAUUGUCAAAGCCCAGUAUAUUUUUGCUUUUGUGUACCUAUGUUCGAGUUUUGUCGUUGGGUGGAUCUUCAAGACCGUUCAUGUCCCUCUAUAUCUGUAUGGGCUGCUAGUCUUGUCCAAACGUCUCCACAGCAUUUUCAUCCUGAGACUCUUCAACGAUAGUUUUAAUAGCUUGUUUGCUUCCCUGUUUCUAUUGUCUGCUUGUAAGAGAAGAUGGACACUUUCUACUAUCUUCUUGAGUAUUGCUUCUUCCAUCAAAAUGUCAUCACUCCUUUUCCUUCCUGCUUAUUUAGUUAUCCUUCUACAAUCAGCAGGCCCCAAAAAAACCUGGGUGAAUAUUUUUUCCUUUGCCUUUGUGCAGUUGCUUUUCUCAUUUCCGUUUUCUAGCUUUAUUUGGAGUUAUUGGACUCAAGCUUUCGAUUUCGGUAGGGUUUUUGAUUACAAGUGGACGGUUAAUUGGCGCUUUCUUCCGAAAUUCAUUUUUUACUCUCCGAUUUUCUCUCUCAUAGUCCUCUUUGUGCACGCUUCUCUUUUGGUCGUGUUUGCUGUCAGGAGAUGGAACUACCCAUCGAAAGCUUCUCCUUUACAAAUGGUCCGGUCCAUGCUGACCCUUCAGCCGCUCCCUUCGGUAGCUCCUAUCUCCGUUGAUUUCAUAUUAACCAGCCUGACUACGAGUAACCUUAUUGGCAUCCUUUGUGCUCGCUCACUCCAUUACCAAUUCUACGCAUGGUUUGCUUGGUAUGUACCUUACAUGCUUUACCAAGCCAACUUUUCCAUGCCCUCAACCAUAUUAUUAUGUGGACUUCAAGAAUAUUCCUGGAACGUCUUUCCAAGCACGACGAUCUCCUCCAUGAUUACUGUGUUCAUUCCUGCUCUUACUCUAUACAGAUUAAUGACUAUGAACCCUAGACGACCGUAA